AUGGGUGUCACCACUUUCACUGAGGAAUAUACCAACACCAUUGCUCCAGCAAGGUUAUUCAAGGCAUCCAUCCUUGACUCUCACAACUUGAUCCCAAAACUCAUGCCACAAGCCAUUAAAAGCAUUGAGAUUCAAGGCAAUGGAGGGGCUGGCAGUAUCAAACAGAUCAACUUUGCUGAAGGUUACACUUUGAAUUAUUUGAAGUACCGAAUUGAUGAGCUCAAUGAAGAGACGUUCACUUACAACUACACUCUGAUUGAAGGUGAUGAGUCGAUGGACAAGCAAAUUGAAUCAAUUUCUUAUGAGGUUAAGCUUGAGCCAUCUCCUAAUGGUGGAACUGUCUCUAAGAUGAAGAGCAAAUAUUACACCAAGGGUGAUGUUGAGCUAUCAGAAGAGUUUAUUAAGGCUGGCAAGGAAAAGGCCACAGGAAUGUACAAGGUUGUCGAAUCCUACCUCCUGCAGAACCCUGAAGCCUAUGCAUAA